UCUCUACCGAAAAAAGUAAGACAACAAGUCUCCCAUCGCAUCUAAGCCUAAGACAGACCGCAAGAAUGUCGUAUGGAACAGUGAAGCCAUCAGCCUCAAAGCCGGAUCAUUCGAAUUUAUCCGCGCCCUUGCUUCAGAGCGCAGCUGGCGCCAGCCCGCCGUCUCCUCCGGUCUCUGACGAUGAGACUCCGACAGCGGCAUGCGGCCAAGAAAGCCAUGACAACGCCUUCUGGGAAGCGCUAAAGGCGUUUUACGUGAAGAAUAUUGGGCUUUUCUUCGUUUUUGUAGCCCAAGUGUUCGCUUCUAUUAUGUCCAUGACAACCCGACUACUGGAGACUGGCUUUGAGACGAAGUUCCAUGCCCUUCAGAUCAUUUUCGUGCGCAUGUUGACCACUGCUGUUAUUGGGUCCAUGUACAUGUGGUACCAGCAAGUCCCAGACUUUCCCUGGGGUCAUCGCGGCGUCAGAGGACUGCUCGUUAUUCGGGGCAUGGCGGGCUCGACAGGAUUAUUUGGUUUAUACUAUUCGCUAUCGUACCUCGACAUCUCCGACGCAACCGUAAUUACGUUUCUUAUCCCCACCUUGACGACGUUCGUGUGUUGGGUUAUUCUCAACGAACCAUUUACUUUCAAGGAAGCUUCCGCCAGCUUCAUCGCAUUUGUUGGGGUAUUGGUUAUUGCUCGCCCAGCUUUUCUAUUCCCAAGUCAAGAUGAUGGCAGUCUUUCCAUCCACUCUAUUGACGUGGCUUCCUCACAUUUCAACGCCAGCCCUCAAGGAGGGUUACUUCCUCCAGUCAAAGCAACUCCUGCCGAGCGAUCCAUUGCGAUAGUUUGUGCGAUAUUGGGAUCAUUUGCAGCGGCGACGGCCUACGCCAUUAUUCGUACAAUCGGAAAGCGAGCCCAUUCGCUAGUGAGCGUCAAUUAUUUCGCCGUGUUGGCUACUGUCAGCUCAUUUCUCAUUAUUAUGAUUCAUCCGGAUCUUCAGUUCGAAAUCCCUCAAACUCCUAUACAAUGGGCUCUUCUUCUUUCCAUUGGUCUCUCAGGUUUUCUGCUACAAGUUUUCCUAACAGAGGGACUGAAGAGGGAGAAGGCGGGCAGAGCAACAAAUCUCAUCUACAGUCAAAUGAUCUUCGCGCUUAUAAUCGAGCGUGUUGUUUGGGGAACCACGCCGCCACUCACAAGCCUUCUUGGAAGUAUCCUGAUCAUUGGAGCCGCCGUCUGGGUUAGCCUGCAGAAAAAGGCGCCUGUGGAGCAACGAAAGGCAAUCGCUGAGGAGCGAGGGCUCUUGGACGGUGAAAACGAAGAACGACAAUCCUAGCUCAUUAUUGGUUGGCUGUUCCCCUUUUGAGAUGGGAUAAGUAGAGAAUCAGUAAUGACUAGAUACCCCUUGUCGGAACCAAUUAAGGAGAAGCCAAGACACAGGGUACAGAGAAAGAAAUUAAAAUAAAAUAGUCCCUGGCUCCUUAACUACUAGAAACCUUUCGUAUGAUCUAGAGAGUAUCCUCAGGACGCGAGACGAACGGCAAAUGCCCUGAUGAAAUCCUAUAAAUGGUG